UGUCCCUAUGGCAUCUCACUUUGUGUUAAGUAAGGAUCAGUCUCCCAAGACUGCUCCUGAAAUUGAGAAAAUGAAAUCUGUGCCUUAUUCCAGUGCAAUAGGGUCGGUGAUAUAUCUUAUGGUUAGCACUAGAUCUGAUAUUGCAUAUGCGGUUAGUUGCUUGAGUAGAUAUAUGUCCAACCCUGAUUUGCCCCAUUGGAAUGCUCUUAAGUGGUUGCUUAGAUAUCUGAUUUCUACUGUGAAGCAUGGAUUAAUUUUCUCUAAAUGUGCUAGUGGUAUUGAUUUGAUUGGUUAUGUUGAUUCUAACUAUGCAAAUGAUAAAGAUAACAGGAAGUCGACCACUUCUUAUGUUUUUACUUUGUGUGGCUCUUGCAUUAGUUGGAAGUCUCAACUACAGCCUAUUGUGGCCCUUUCUACUACUGAGUCCGAGUAUGUUGCAGCCACAGAAGCGUUUAAGGAAGUCAUCUGGCUCAAACGCCUUGUCUCCGAAAUUGGGUUUCUCAAAAAGGGAGUUACCAUUUUCUCGGACAGCCAAUCGGCUAUCCAACUUUGCAAAAAUCCUGUAUUUCAUGAUAGAACUAAGCAUAUUGAUGUUAGGUUCCAUUUCGUACGUGAUAUUGUUGAUGCAGGUGGAGUCAAGCUGUGCAAGAUCCCGUCAGAGUUUAACCCCGCGUAUAUGGGUACCAAGUGUCUUUCUGCUGAGAAACACUUGUCCUGUAAACUCGUGUUAAACUUUGACUGUGGAUAACUGUGGGUUGCGUAAUAAAGUGUUUGCCCGUUUUAUCUAUUGAUAUUCCGGGUGACCCGGAGAUGAUGAGUCUUGUCACAACCUUAUAUUGUUGGAGGUAUUGGUCCUACCAAGGCCCCCCUUCCACUUUAUUUGCUGAGGCUUGCACCCUAUUGUUUUACUCCCACUUUGGUACCUUUUCUUGGUAUAUAUCCUGAUCAAAUAUAUACCUAUUUUGAGCGGUUGACUUAAUCCUCUUGGCUGGCCCCUUCUCUGCUUCUUGUCCGCUGCACUCUUUGUCUGGCAGCCUGUGAGCCUUUUUUUGUCUUGGCUCUCACCCGUGACUUCCUUCUGGCCUUGGCCUCUUCUUGUGAUAGGAGCCUGCGUAAGUUUGUUCCAGAGAGCAGUGCCCUCUUCUUCUCUUUCCCUUUGUGUGAGAAUAGAGAGAGGGUUUUAGUGGUGAGAAGAAAAAUUAGAGUGUGCAAAAGCCUCCCCUAGAGUGGUGUGUGAGAGUGUGUGGAGAUAGACCUGAGCCGGAGACGGAUAUACGGUCCUAACAACACGAUCACCUUGGCUACUGCCUUGCUGAUUAUGGUUUGAAAUUACAUCAGACCUUCUUGGCUUGCUUGGAUAUAUGAGUAUUCUUUGAGCCUUGGGAAAUGGGUGUUCACAAAAAGGAGUAGUUUCUCUAUGUCAAAAUCUAUUUCUGCAUAUAUUUUUUUUCAGGUACAUGUGCUGGAAAAUUUGUUUUCCCAAAGGAGUAGUUUC